AUGUCACCCACUUCAACGAAUACUCCUCUACUAGCUGCCAGCAAAGAGGGCAAGAGUGUUUGGUCCAGCCCAACGCUUUCAAAUCUCACAGACAGCCAGGUCACCCUCCUCACCGACUACUCUCGCCUUCCUCUUGACUCAGUCAUUCCCCAUAUCCUCGCAAUACGAGAAAAAGCUUGGCCGAUUCUUUCACGGCUAUAUAUUGGUCAGCUCCGUUUCCUCGACCCUACCCUCUCGGAAUCUCCGUCCUACCCCACCAUUCUCGCUCAUCUCAAGGAUAGCCCAAAUGCCAUGUUACUCGAUCUGAGUUGCAGUUUCGGUCAGGAUCUCCCCAAAUUUAUUUACGUUGAGGCUCCUGCUUCUUCUCUGUAUGGCGCUGAGUUGAGAAGCGAGUUCCUCGUCUUGGGCUUUGAUUGUUUCCGGGACCGAGAGACCAUUGGAACCACUGAUCUCGACGGUAUGAUGAGCAUAGUCAACAUUGGUCUGUUCCUGCACCAAUUCGAUUGGGACGGACAACGCAGGGCAUGCAAGAUGAUUGUAGCGCUAUCAAGGCCUGAAAAGGGAGUGCUCGUCCUUGUGCAUCAGAUUGGAAGUGUGGUGCAGAGCGAUGUUGUGUUUCGGGGUGAGAAGGAAGUGACGAGACAUAGCGAGGAGAGCUUUAAGAGACCUUGGGAGGAGGUUGGUAAGGGUACGAGAGGUGUAUGGGAAAUAAGAGUGGCGCUUAAUGAGGGUCUAGGAGGUAAUGUUGGAGAGGAGACGGGAGUGUGGGAUGAUGCUGAUACGAGAAGACUGUGA